AUGGUGCACAAAAGUAUCAGAGCAUCAGCACGUGCUCAAACCCAGUCACAUCUUGCAAUGAUGGUAAGUAAACCGGAGUUCUGUAUACCAACGAAUGGAUCAACAGUCGUUACAAAGCGUGUGGAAGCAGUAUUAGAGAAGGAGCGAUAUUACACAAGUGCGCUGCUUGUCUAUUUCCGCUAUUUGCAGCAGGAGUGCACGGCCAGCUCUCCCACAUCCCAGGCAAUUCUUCAUCCAAUUGGGUCAUUCAGCUUGCGGCAAGAUGUACACUAUGCAUUUCCACUCAUGCUCGGGGCUGUCCUUUUGGGGACGAUCAUAUAUAGGUCGGAUCGUGAUCCGGAUUUGUUCGGCUUUGGUACAGAUGUUGAGCGACUAUACUUGCUUAUCAUCAUGUCGAUCCCGCCGUUUCUGAUGCAGGUUGCCAUGAUCAUGGGCAUGCUGUUCGACCAUCGGUUAAAGCCCCUAGUGCCACACUGGGUGACCUGCAUGACAACAUUGCUUCUGGCAACUGGGUUCCCUUCUAUCGUUGCCCAUUGGUGUAUAGUGGGCCGCUCUGCUGGAACGGCAUCUUGA